ACUUUACUAUUAUUCGACAGUACCUGAAAGUGUGGUGCUCUGACGGGCAAUGAAGUAUUGAAAUCUGGCCGCUGAAUCUUCAAUCGAACUUAUCGACAAAAGUCCUUCAAUGGCCUAAUUUCAUAGCGAGAAUGAAAUUCAUGCGAGGAUGACUCAGUACAUUUACAAGUCCGUUGUGCUUGCUGCAGUGAUGACUGUCGCGUGGUCAACUUUAUGUCAUUAUGUAAAUCAGCUGUGUCACGCUAAAGUCAUCUUCUGCUACUAUCAUCAGCAGGUCUGGACUUUCCCAGAAGAAGAGUUAUUCCGUCCGUUGAGGUGAGGACAUACACAUCGGUGGGACAACAAUACUAUGUUCCCGAUAUGAUACAUUUACACUUCAUAUUCGGACUCCGGCACGGAAAAGGUUCUGAUAUCGAAACGUAAGAAAUAAGAUGAAUUUUGAGAUCCUGUUCAACAUUAUUGGCUUCACUUUCAACACAUUCCUCCUUACAUUAAGCAAACUCACUUUUCUCUACUUACUGUACCUUCACGAGCACGAAUCCAAAGAAACAUGGAUAGCUGCAAUGACAGUGGUACUUGCUGUACCCGAAGUUAUUGCUUUAGUCAAACUUCUCUGGUGCACGUCUUUUCUCCUCUAUGGCAAAUUAAGCGACUGGCCGUCGCUGUCAUCUUUUGUAUCGGGUAUCGUCUGUUCUAUAAUGGAAAGCACCUCAUUAAUAUUUUUUCUUAUGAGAAUCGGUCCCAAACUUCAUCCGAUUAUCCUUAUCCCGUUACUAAGCAGUGUGCUCUGCUUGAAAAUAGUUUCACUAUAUUUUAAAAAGGGAAUGCGCAUAUUCGACCAUGAUAACAUCGAUUCAAACACUAAAUCCCUGAAGAAUCUACUCUGUGCUGCAAUCGGACUAAUUUCUGUAAUAUUAAUUGUGGCCAAAUCAUUUGUGACUGGUUUUAGCCAAAUCUUGACUAUUUCAGAAUCUCUCAUUCUCUCCACAUCCUUAUUGGCUUUAUCUUUCACGUGGUGCCCUGGAAUCGCAACAUUUACAAUACGAUCUCGAGAUGGCCUCGUUGAUGGUCGUAAAAAUGCCAGUAUAAUUUAUACUAUUUUGAAAUUGGUAGUACUUUUUGUUUUAGCCGUUGUUAUAACUUACUUAAAUCGGCAGGACAGCUUCGAAGAAUCAUUUUACAGCUUAUUGCAAGGUUUCCUUAAUUUAAAGUCAGCAACAACCAUUAGAGAUGGACUCUUGAUUCACCUCAUUGCAGGUUUAUUAUCGCAUGCAUUCGCUUACUUAUCAGCACGAACAUGUCUUACACGUAGUGGUAUUUACCUACCAACAAUAUUUGUUACUCCGCUCACAGUCUUGCUCAUAUGUUUCGACAAUUACUAUGGAGUUUUUCACAUCGUAAAGUUGUCUGCCCUGUCAGGAUUUACUCUCGCUUCGUGGUUUUGUUUAGGAAUUGCUGUUUUACUUUGGUUAUUACCAUUUCUAAUGCUGGGCAUGAACCAUACACCUGCACCAAAUUCCAUACUGAAAUCUUCGGAAUCGAACUUCUUAAGUUUUACUUACAACAAUAUCUUCCUCGAACAUCAUUUGCAUUUGAAUUACAAUCCGGAAGGAAUUCAUACAAGACAUGAUAAGACGAGUGAAAUGUUGACCGGGGUACCCAAAGUGAGCAAAAUUUUCAUAUGUACAACCAUGUAUAGAGAAGCAGAAUUCGAAAUGGAGCGUCUCUUGAAAAGUUUACAACGAUUAUCCUUGUCGAAAAAAUUGUCUCAUGUCUAUAUGGAGUCCCACGUGAUUCUUGAUAAUGGUUGUAAGGGAAACGAUCUUGGAGAGUUUGCUCUGCAGCUUCUGUCGUUACUUCAAAACGAACUGAAUAUUGCUCGUACAGAAGUGUAUGCAAAUCGAAUGCCUUACGGAUUGCAGCUGCAAUGGAUCUUAAAUGGUGGCAUUCCGUUUUUUCUGCACCUGAAAGACACUCAAAAAGUGAAACCGAAAAAACGAUGGAGUCAGGUAUUAUAUAUGAACUACAUAAUGAGUUUCCGGGUGAAAAAAGCUUACAACUGGAUCGAAAAGAAACUGAAACUCUGCGAAAUGGAAUCGAAGCCAUUCAACGCCCGCUACUAUGUCGAUGAAAGGAAAUUCUAUGGUGUAGAUUCACUGGACAACCAAACGAAAAUUCCUACAAUAAGAUGUGACUACGCAAGUUCGAUGCUGAGUCAAUAUAGCGAUUGUACUGCAUAUACCAGCGGAGAUGAGACGUCAUACUGGUCGGAUGAUUCAGAACUGAGUAAAAGCCAAUAUUCAACUUCUAGUGUAUAUCUCCAUCCAAAUGGCUUGGGUGUCCCCAAGAUGAAUGGUAAAUUAUCGGCGAGCAACCAUUCAGCGGUGAACUCUGCAUACGUGUAUGGGCUUGAAGAUUCUGGUAUUUCCUGGGCCCCGAGUACAAUUAGUGAUAUGGUUCGCAAUGACGUCAAUAUUCACAUUAAUCCGAAAAUAGAAAAACCUAUUAACACAAUCAGUGGAAAUUUAAUUAAUGAUACGAAAUUGAACAUGGACUCACCGUUCCUUCCGAGCUCUGAAGAAUUCGACAGCCGGACCUAUAUCCUAGCAACAGAUGCUGACAUGAAGUUCGAUGACGACGCCGUGCUUGAUUUAUUGAAUACUUGUAAUGGUGAUCUUCGACUCGGUGCUGCUUGUGGCCGGACACAUCCCAUCGGUGAGAGAAAUCGCCCAAUUGUAUGGUUCCAAAUGUUUGAAUAUGCCAAAGAUUUCUGGAUGAUAAAAAGUGCUCAGAAUAUUAUUGGCUCGGUGAUGUGUUGCCCAGGAUGUUUUAGUCUAUAUAGAGUUGCUGCAGUCUAUCAGCUAUUGAGUGAAUAUGCUAAAGAAAGUUUGGAAUCCUCCGAUGUAUUUAUCAAAGACACAGGCGAGGAUCGCUGGAUGUGUACUCUUAUGAUGAUGAGAGGCUGGAAAUUAAAAUAUUGUACGUUCGCCUUCAACACGACUUACUGUCCAUCUACAGUGGAGGAGUUUUUGAAACAACGACGACGCUGGAUGUUAUCGGAUAUGGCCAAUACAUUCCUAGUUAUGAGGCAUCUUCCUCGACUGGUGCGACACAAUGCCUGCUUUACGGCCAUGUAUAUCAUCUACCUUGUUCAGUUGUUCCUUAUUGUUAUCAUUUCUCCAGGUUCCACCAUAAUAAUGAUUACGGCUGGAUUAGACAUGGUGUUCGGAAUAACAUUUGUGGUGCCUUCAAUCUUAGUCUGUCUUCUACUUUUAGUAUAUAUGUGCAUCUGUAUGUUUGCUCCGUCGAAAAUCCAAACCUAUGUAACCAUUUUCUUAAUAUUUAUAUUUGGCACUGCUAUUUCAUGUGUCUUCAUAGGCGGUGCCGUCUAUAUUAUCAAAGACAUUAUUAGAGACAUAGAAUCGGACAGCCUGGAGUUUCAAGAACAUUAUUUGUUAAUCUUACUCACGUCCAGUGUUUUCUAUGCCGCCAUUUUACAUCCACACGAGACUUGGAUUAUAUUCCUUGGUAUUUUCUACAUGUUCAUGUUCCCAGCCAUGCAUAUUCUGCUUCCGGUUUACUCCAUCAGCAACAUUGUUGAUCAAAGCUGGGGGACAAGGGAUGGCAACAAAGCCUCCGCUCCGAAACUGGUUUGUUUCCCCAAAAUCCGUAAACGUCGAAAAAAGAAAAUGAAGAAAAAGAAAGAUAAAAUUUCCGCAAGUUUGAAUUCUUCCUCUCAUAAUUUUAACCUGUUUGAUAAGCAUGAAGAUGAAGUCGAAUACAAAUUCUGGAAGUUUCUACGAGAUUUCGUUAUUGGUACAACGGUGAGGACGGGUGCACCAAAGUUGGAGAUGGCUGAAAAACUCCGGAGGUUGCGCGUUAAAUGCAUUUUCGCAUUUUUGAUUUGUAAUUCGAUCUGGAUGAUCAUCCUUGGAUUCCUCUUCACAAACGUUACAACCGAAAGGUCUAAGUUUAACUUAUUUGCUUCAGUCAGUGGCUCCCUCUACGGGGUAUCAUUCGUCAUUCAAAUGAUUGGAAUGACGGUACAUCGAACUCAAGACACUAUCGAACGUUUUAUACGCAAAUCCAACAGACAAUCGAAGCGACCCGAAUGGAUAAUUACAAAAGACGAAAAACCUGAAGCUGCAAAAAACAAAAGUAAAAAAUAAAUCAAAGAAAACAGACAAAAAUAAAAUGAUAGAAAACAAAUAAAAGAGAAAACAUCUUGGGGGAAAAAAUAGUAUAAAAUUUUAAAAUAAAUAAAAGCUCUUCGAAAAUGCGGUGUGAUAGGGACGGGAGGUGGCCACGCACACACUUACAGAUAGACAGAUAUUUUAUUCAUUCAAUGAUAGAGAUUGGGCUGCGCCCAUGCUGGUGCACUAACCUCCGAACAUUUCGGUCGAUCACAUCAACCUUAUUACUCGUUCCAGUCAGGUAUUUAUUUCAGAGAUAUUUAUUCAUUGGAAGACCAAAUAAGGUAUUUUAAAACGACACCUUUUAAUACACCAGGAGCUUACGACAACGAAACGAAAUUUGUAAGCACAUUCUCACAGGCUUCCUUCAAUUUUCAGGCAAACACAUAAAUUAUACAUAUUCUAUUAUUCUUUUAUACGUUUUAGCGAUGCGGUUGCGAUCAUGUAUGUCAUGUGUAUAUAUACAUGUAUGUGUGUAAACAUAAUUAUAUAAGCAUGCGUGAACAUUAUAUAUUUGUAUAGGUAUGUAUAAACAUGUCCUAUAGAUAUGUAGGACUGCGUAUGUGAGUACUUUUAUAUCAUGAAGCUUGACAGUUAGACAUUAAUAUCGCUGCGCGACUUCCCUGACUGUCUGGCGUAUUUUGAAUAUAUAAGUUUUCAUCAACUCUUUAAUUAUGAAUAUCGUAAGGCUGUGUGUUUGCGAGAUUUCAAGUACAUACGUGUAUGUCAUAUCGUUAAUAAACAUUAUCUGAUGUAUAAUUCAAUAGACACUUGUGUUUUUUUAUAUCAUAAGGCUGAUAUAAAGUAUUUCCUGUGUGUUAGAUGUGUGACUGCUACUCGUGAGUUUAGAGCUCAAUGUUGAGUAUCAUCAUCCAAUCUACUUCUAGUAAAGUGAUAUGGUCACUACUGUACUUCGCAGUAUUAGUAAUUAUAACAUGCAGAGCAAAUGAGAAAUUAUGAUGCAGUUAAAAUUAUUUAUUUUCUUUAUACAUUUUACCUUUGUGGUUAUUGCACCCCUUGCAGCGGGUGUUCUAACUUCAUGUUGUGUUUUUCAUUAUAUAUAUAUAUAUAUAAUUUUGGGUCAUCCCAUAAAUAAUGCGGCUCUUUCAAUUGCACGAACUAAAAGUCGGAGGAGUAAGGGAUAAACUACCAGCAUCAACUUGCUAUAAAAGUAGGUAGGAAUUGUACUUAUUGUUAGCGGAAGUUUUGAAGUGUGCAAUACGAUUUUAACAGUUGCGUUCAACAAAGACAACAAGGCAAUGAAAAAUGCGAGGAAUAUGGAUGCAGUAUACGAGGAUCGGACAGUAAGCGUAAGCCAGUGUCAAAGGUGGUUCCAGAAAUUUCGAGCCUGAAACUACAAACCUAGCAGAUGAGCCUCGUUUAGGAUUAUCUGUAGAGCUCGACGAGGACGUCCUGCAAACCCUGGUGGGACAUAAUCGCAUCGUUACUGUUGACGAACUAGAAGAUAAGCUUGGAUUUGGUCAUUUAACCAUUCAUCGACACCUGCGUGCCAUCGGAAAAGUCAACAAAUUGGGUCAAUGGGUUCUUCACAAACUUUCGGUGUCUAAUCGCGAGAGUGAAUGUGUGCUCUUCUUUGCUGUCAUGUCUCAUGAAUGAGCCUUUUUUGACCGUAGGGUGACUGGUGACGAGAAAUGGGUUCUUUAUAAAAAUGUCAAGCGCCGAAAACAAUGGUUAGGGAAAGGAGAAACACCGGCAACCCAAGCUGAAGAAGGUCUUCACCCACAUAAGAUGUUCUUAUCAGUUUGGUGAAAUAUAAAAGAUUUAGUCCACCUUGAACUCACUGUGCAACACUCAAAAACGGACAGGAGAUCUGUGGCCAUUUUUAUAUGCAAAAUGACAUGGGAAAUCCAUUUCUGGCCUUCUUUUUGUUGAAUUAGGCAUGGUUUCAGAAUUGUCACUGUAUACCCUAUUUUUCAUUAUUAUUAAGUAAAAUUAUCUCCCACAUUGUAUAAUGGGUUUCAACCCAGGGCUAGAGACCAAUCUUAGUAACACCUACAAUGUGAUUCAAAGCUUGUGUUUAAUGUUAAUUUUAUCUUUCAGAUCUUAUUUGUUUUCAAGAAUCAGUGCAAUACAGUUCACAAAUGAUCCAAACAGAUACUGUUAUAUCUGUGAGGAAUUGACUUACGCUAAAGAAAAGCGUAGUAUUACAGGCCAUAUCAGGAAAAUAUACAAAAGCUUACUUCGAUUGUUACUUAGGAGACCAGGAUAAGUCAUGGACUCCUCAUGUGUGUUGCUUUACAUGUAUGAUGACAUUGAGUGCCUGGUAUGCAGGAAAAAAUGUUCACAUGAAGUUUAGUGUGCUGAUGAUUUGGCGUGAGCAGAAAGAUUACUCUAGAGAUUACUAUUUCUGUCAUCAUGACUUUACAGGCUGUACUACUGCAAAGAAAAAUAAACACAUUGUUUUCCCAAAUUUGCAAUCAGCAAUGCACCUGUAGAACACUCAGAAAAUUUACCUCUGCCCAAACCUCCAGAUCAAGAAAUGCAGAGUUCCAGCAGUGUUGAUGAACACUCCAUUGGUGAAUGUAUAGAGCCCAAUGAUCCAGAAAGUGAGAAACCAAUACCAUUUUCUCAAGUGGAUCUAAAUGACUUCUGUAGGAAUCUCUAUUUAACCAAAGAGAAAAGUGAGUUUCUGGCAUCAAGACUUCAAUAACGUAAUCUUCUUGAGAAAGGAGUGAAGAUAACAAUGUACAGAAAACGUACAGAGGAUCUGCUUGCAUUAUUCACCAUGAAGGAUGACAUCACUGAACUUUUUGAGCAAGUGAAAAUACCAUGUGAUAAAACCAACUCGUGACUUUUCAUAGAUGCAUCCAAGGACAGCAUCAAAGCUGUUCUGCUACACAAUGGUAACACUCUGCCUUCUGUUUCCAUAGGUUAUAGCACAACCAUGAAAGAAUCAUAUGAAAAUCGGAAAGCAAUUCUAACAAGCAUACAGUAUGAUGACCAUACCUGGCAUAUUUGUGCAGAUUUGUGGCCAUGCUUACUGGCCUUCAGAUGGCUAUACUAAAUUUUGUUUCUUCCUAUGCUUAUGUAAUUUCAGAGCAAGAGCUGAACGUUAUGUACGCACGGACAAGUGAAUUUUGGAAGAGGGACCUUGCAAGUCUACCAGUGAGAUAGAAGGGCAUUGGAGAAAAUAUACCUCUGGAGGUUUGGGCAGAGGUAUAUUUUAGAUUAAAAAAGGACUUAGUUUAUCUUAAUUCUGAAAAAAAUAAAAGUAUAAAAGAACUGCAUCAUUUAUGGGAUGACUCAAUGUAUUAUGUAUAAUAUGCACAGUUGUAUGUGCAUGUAUUAUAUGCAAGUUUUUAUUAGCACGCUGAUAGAAUUGCAUUCAUUUGCGAACCUAAUAUAUGAUCAGUUUCCAGACGAAAUAAAAUAUUAUGUCUCGUGGGGACUUUGUGCGAGUGAUGCUUCUGUAAGCUGGCCGCAUAUUUAAUCUCGAGAGCCAAUAAAUGGUUUAUAUCGAUUGAAAUUACACCUGCAAAGAAAAGAAAAAAGGUGUUACUAUUAUUUCUUGUUACACCGGAAGUGGAAAUCAUGGAAUCCUACUCCACAUUCCACUGAUUUAGAUUGCGAACGCAAUACUUUGUUGAUAGAAUACGCACAUUUUAGCCAACACUCUGUUUAGACAAAUUCAAAUCAUUGCUCUGGAAAACAAUAAUUGAUACUAUAUAUUGUAUAGAGGAGGUCAACAUAUCCAUAUUAUAUAUAUAUAUAUAUGUGUGUGUGUGUGUUUG